UGAUCGAGAAAUUAACAAAACUGUUGAUACUAUUGUUGUAUGUCACAUGGUUGGAUGCAUAUUCUUGGCCACAUGAGACAACAACACGACAAAAUCCACCCAUAACCGAUUACCACAAUGAUCCAUUAAUUGUUGAAACACAAACGGGUUUAGUGCGUGGUGUUUCGAAAACCGUACUCGGUCGUGAAGUACAUGUUUUUACCGGAAUACCAUUUGCAAAACCACCAGUUGGUCCAUUACGAUUUCGUAAACCGGUUCCGGUGGAUCCAUGGCAUGGAAUAUUGGAUGCAAGUGUUUUACCAAAUUCAUGUUUUCAAGAACGUUGUGAAUAUUUCCCUGGAUUUGAAGGUGAAGAAAUGUGGAAUCCUAAUACAAAUAUUUCGGAGGAUUGUUUGUAUUUGAAUUUGUGGGUUCCACAACGGAUACGAUUACGCCAUCAUCAGGAUAAAUCAUCCACGGAUCGACCACGGGUUCCAAUUUUGGUUUGGAUUUACGGUGGAGGUUUUAUGACAGGAACCUCUACGUUAGAUAUUUACGACGCUGAUAUUGUGGCAGCAACAAGUGAUGUCAUUGUUGCGUCUAUGCAAUAUCGUAUUGGAGCAUUAGGAUUUUUAUACUUGAAUCGUCGGUUUCCGUACGGUAGUGAAGAGGCUCCUGGUAACAUGGGACUUUGGGAUCAAGCAUUAGCAAUAAAAUGGAUCAAAGAUAAUGCCGCUGCAUUUGGCGGUGAUCCAGAUUUGAUUACGUUAUUUGGUGAAUCGGCUGGUGGUGGUUCUGUUAGCUUACAUUUAAUAUCACCCGAAACAAAAGGCCUAGCUCGGCGUGGUAUAUUGCAAUCCGGUACAUUAAAUGCACCAUGGAGUUACAUGACUGGGGAACGCGCAGACGAGGUAGCUGCAAUCUUAGUUGAUGAUUGUGGUUGUAAUUCGUCAUUGUUGGCAGAAAAUCCUGAAAAAGUAAUGGAUUGUAUGCGAGCUGUUGAUGCAAAAACAAUAACUGUUCAACAAUGGAAUUCCUAUGAUGGUAUAUUAGGUUUUCCAUCUGGUCCUACCGUGGAUGGUAAAUUCUUACCAAAACAUCCAUUGGAUUUAAUUGAAGAGGGAAAUUUUGAUGAUAUUGAAAUUAUGAUUGGAAGUAAUCAGGAUGAAGGAACUUACUUCAUUUUGUAUGAUUUUAUGGAUUAUUUUGAAAAAGAUGGACCAAGUUUUUUACAACGUGAGACAUUUCAUGAAAUUAUUAACACUAUUUUUAAAAAUAUGAGUCGAUUGGAACGUGAAGCGAUCAUAUUUCAGUAUACGGAUUGGGAGAACGUCAAUGAUGGAUACUUGAAUCAGAAGAUGAUUGGAGAUGUAGUUGGGGACUAUUUCUUUAUAUGUCCGACCAAUCAUUUCGCACAGACAUUUGCUGAUCAUGGCAUUAAAGUUUACUACUAUUUUUUUACACAUAGAACAAGCACGUCGCUUUGGGGUGAAUGGAUGGGAGUGAUGCAUGGCGAUGAAAUCGAAUACGUGUUCGGGCAUCCACUGAACAUGUCACUUCAGUAUAAUUCACGUGAACGCGAUCUCAGUCUACGAAUGAUGCAAGUUUAUGCCCGUUUUGCACUUACUGGCAAACCAGUUGAGGAUGAUAUGAGUUGGCCUACAUAUCGCCGUGAUCAACCACAAUAUUUUAUAUUCAACGCAGAGAAAAGUGGCACUGGUAAGGGACCACGUGCUACUGCAUGUGCAUUCUGGAAUGACUUUUUACCAAGACUACGUCAUAGUCCAGCAGUGGAACGUCCGUGCGAGAGUGGAGUUGUCGGUGCCAUCUCAUUAGGAACAACACAAAGCCUUUCAAUAUGGAUAGUCCUAAUGCUAAUCAUCACGUAUGCACCACUUUAAAUACGUAUCCCUCAACAAAUUUGCAAGAAAGCAACAUAAAAACCUUUCCACCCAACAAAAACAUAUCACAAAUAUUAGUUUGCAAAAUUUAGCAUUCUGAUAAUGAACCCAAAAAAAAGGUGUAGACAAAAAAUUUGAUAGACAAAA